ACGGAUUUACCCUGUACAAUGAAUAAGCAAUUCUCUUAGGAAAUGAUAUUUGGUUAAUACGUUGAUAUUAGCAGUGAUAUCUUGCCACCGGAUGAUGAUGUAUCUGUGGUUUCCAGUACAAUUCAGAUAAUAACGACGAUGUUAUUUUCAUUUAGUGGUGCUAUAUUGUGGAUCUUUGGAUAUGUAUUUCUUGAAGCUUAUUAUUCCGAUAUUGUUGAUAAGAUGUGGUUUAUCAAAAGAAGAGGGAUUUUUCAUCUUGGGAAAUAAUCACUGUAUUACCAACAGAUCAUCUGCCAUUGUUUUCAACCAAUGGCCAAAUCGAACGAGCCAUUAUGACAGCCCAAGGUCAUCGUUCUACCCACCAACAUCAGAUCCAUAUCAUUUUGCAUGCGAUUUUGAUGGAGAUUGUCGAAAUUCCUGGACCAGUAAUACAAAGUGGAACUCAAUAACUUCACUGGAUAGCCCUGUCAAUGAAUAUGUGACUGACAGACGUUGGGAAGAUUUACUGUUAACCAUAACUGUUCCUGCCAAUGGAAACAAAUCAGAACUCGAUUUUUAUCCAAUGGACUUUUCCAUAAGAAAUGGUUCUUCUUUCACGAUACCACUAUCUGUACGUGGAAAACAGGAUGGAAACAUUUUUUUGUGUGAUGAUGAAACUCAGCCACCAUCAGCUUCCAAUUGUUACUGGAUAAUGCUAGCUGCAUUCGAUGGUGAAAGAUCUGCCAUUCGAAAAUGCAAAAGAUAUCAAAUACCGCAUGAGAAUAAUGUUUGGACCGGACUCAAUUUAUGCAAAACAUUUCGAGUUGUAAACAAAACUAUUGGUGCUUUGGAUGAAAAUAUCUGGAGACACUUCAAAAUUAUGAAACAUGGAUUCACAUUGAAGGUGUUGAGAGGCAAUGAAGAUUUCUUGGAGUUUCAUGAUAACGAAACCAAUACUAUUAAUCCACAAAAAAUUUGGCUCCAUUCGAAAGUCAAUGUCUUAUGGAAAGUACAUCAAUACAAAUAUCUCUACUCUGAUUCAGAGGGAAAUGAUCAGUUAGGUCCUUCCUUCCAAUUACAACAAAACACACUUUGUAUUUCAAUGUUCAUGGCACUCUGUGAUACAUGUUCAUUGACACUGAUAAUUAAAAUAAACAAGAAGAAGACUUUAUUGAAAGAAACAUUUAAUACUACGAAUGGAGUGUGGAGAGAAAUAAAAGUAAUUUAUGACAUCUCGAAAGGGACAGGUGGGGAAUUAUCCAUGUUUCCUAUCAGGAUACAGAAUUCACCUGAUACUGAUAGAGGAAUGUGGGCUUUAGAUGAUGUCAGAUUGUGUAAAAAAGAUGAAUUUAGGUAUGUGAAAUCUGGAAAAACCAAUACCCCUUGUCAAACGAUUGCGAUUCAAGAAGAAACACUUCUGGAUACUGACGGAAAUGAUGAAAUAAAAACUCAUGGUAUAAAAUGUCCAGAAAAUUCAUUUGGCAAACGGUGUAUACCGUGUGCAAUUUUUGGGAUGGAUUACUGUUCGAAUUUUGAAUACUGCGAAUAUAUCGAUGGUCAAAAAGAAUGUCAUUGCACACCUGGAUAUGAAGAUAGUUGCAGUACAGAAUGUAAACUUGGCACCUAUGGUCAUGGAUGUCAAGAAAAAUGCUCUCCAUAUUGUUCAGAUACGAGUUGUCGUCAUAUAGAUGGAUACUGUAAGAAGGAUUGCAAGUAUUCUUUCACAGGAAAGAAGUGUGAAAAACCACCAGAACCAUUCUUUGUUCAUCAACCGAUUGUGUCUGACAUCACAUUUUCUUCGACCCAAGUGAAAAUGGAAAAUUUCGAAGUGGUAGGAUAUGAUGACAGGUAUCCUUCCUAUGUUUUUCAGUACAUCGAAGACCCUAAUCAAUUUUCGAAUGAAGAGCAAAGCUCAUCUAAGAAUGAUCAGAAUUCGUGGAUUCGUGUUGGAGAUAAGUUAACCAUCAACGAAACAAAAUUCGUUUUGCUAACAAAUUUGAAACCAGAUACAUAUUACAGAGUGAGAGCCGUAAUGAAUAUCAAUAGAAUUGGUAGAAAAUUUAAAGAAGAUGAGGAUUUCGUGAAGUCUACCAGAUGGAAAACUACAUGCAAUGGUGAGUGA